UGGUUAUCUUUGAGACUUUGAGAAGGAUUAUAACAAUAAAAGCAUGAAGACGAAGUCGUGAAGAAUACAAGAUCAUGAAUACUACAACUUAUAUACUCCUUCUUGUCCUUCUCUGCAUUAGAUUAAGCACGAGCCGCUAUACCUCUAAGCGUGCAUAUSACUCCACUAAAUCCAAAUCACGCCGUGAAGACUUUGUUGAUACAAGUCCGCUGACUGUAAGUCAAUACACUGGAAAAGGAAUGGAAACCUCAAAAAUACGAGCUUCGGUAGACACAGAAGGAACAGCAAGAGAUGUCCAGCCAGAUCCMAAAAYCAUAUCAGAAUACCUUGAUGCAGUACCUCAAGAUGACACUAAAAAAGCCGUGGCUCAGUAUCUGGACAAAAUGUCRGCUGGCGAGAAAAGAUGGCACACUAAAGAUCAUGGCGACCAGCUUAACGACGAAUUGCCGGACGCAGCUUUCUCAGACGAAGCCGUACAACAAGCGUCCGAAAACUUGGAAGACAGGAGUGAGGAAGACAUUGCCAUUAAGGAAGGAAUGCUUGCACACAAUAGCUUUCGUCUUCUUCACCAUGUACAGCCACUCCAAUGGAACGAAUCGUUAGCAGAACAAGCUCAACGCAUAGCCAAAACUAUUGCUAACGAUCCAAGCUCUUUUCAAGGAGAAUCCCCUGGGGAAAACAUUGCCCAAAUAUGGCAUGACUUUCCCCAUGCCCCUCUCAAAGCCUCGAAUAUUUGGUACAGUGAGAGAAAAGACUACAGCUUCUCAUAUCCAAAAUUUAAUGAUAAGAUUCGUCACUUUUCUCAAAUGGUUUGGAAAGGUACAAGUCAAGUUGGACUCGGUGUUGCAACAAAUCCAGCAGGAAAGUACAAAAUAGUGGUGGCUUUAUACUGGCCAAUCGGCAAUGACUUUCAUCCUAAAGAAUUAGAAACCAACAUCCUUAAACCAGGCGGAGGUCCAGACGUCUAUGCCACACUGAAGAACAACAUUACACGACCAAAUAAAGAGUUCAAGACACAUCACAAGAAACAUUUAUCACAAAACAAGAAAACAUGAACCUGAAUCACCUAAUUUAAUAAUAUUUUGCAGUUACAAAAAACAUUCACAUCGAAAUAGCUUAUAAACAAAAUCUGACAUCACACAAUUAAUGAACAAUGAUACAAGUUAUGAAUAAUUACAUUAGAAAUGUAUAGAAAAUAAACAAACUCMAAAGAGAGAAAAAUGAAAAAAGUACAAAGAUCGUGUCGUCGCUUACUUUGGAAAGUACGAUGAUAUAAGCUAUAGGUCUCCAAUCUCCCGCGUUAGCAGCGUGUUCCACAGGAAGAUCAUUGACGCCUAAUAGACUACACAGCUAAGGCAUUAUAAUUGCGAUAGUUUUCCAGUCGACGCAAGAAAUUAACCAUGAUUGGCUAAGGGUUCUCUAUUGGCUCACUAUUAGAGAGCGCGCAUGGGUGUCUACACAUUCCAUUAUGGUAUUGCAUUGUUAUUGGUGUAUUGACGUAUACAACCUACAUAGGAUUGCUUAUGUACUUGAAUUGUUCAAUUAAAUCUUAUUAUUAAAA